AUGGCCCGAUGGAUUCUGCUGUAUCUUGGACUUCCUACCAACAAAAGAAAUAUCGAAAAAUUAACCUCUAAUCGACAUGUCUCUAAAAAAUUGUACUCUACUCCUGAAAUAGACAGGCUACUAGGCUCUUCAAUUCUAUCUAAUCAAAAGAACUCGAAAAUCUCAGAGCCUUAUAACCAGGAGGAUGAACUAUUGCUUCGCACUUUUGCAACGAAGGGAACAGAUCCAGAUGUAUGCCCGCUAUUCGGUGUGACCAAAAAUCUUCCUCCUGCUUUCGUGCUCACCGCAGGAUACGAUGUGCUAAGGUUCGGCUUUAUCUCAAUUUGA